UGCCAAGGCUGACGAGGCUCCAUCCCUGGCCCCGGGCACAUGAACCCCCGGGAUGGUUUCUGCCGAAUUAAUCACCCUAUUUCAGUGACAACACCUUUGAGCUCACAGGAAGCCGUUGGCCGGGCAGAAAGGGGAAGGAAGGCGUUGCAAGAGGGGGAGCAGCGGUGGAAGGCUCGGUGGGGCAGAGGAGGAUGGACCCCAGAGGUGCUGGGCUGGGGUGGCUCUGCAUCGCAGUGCUCUGCUCUGGAGCUGCUCUUGUCCUCAAAGAAAAGGAGCCGGGGCAUCAAAACACGACGCAGCAUGAUGACACCCUGGAGCCAACGGGAGACCCCACCACAACUGCCAGGGACGUGGCCAAGCUGACGACGUGGCCAACGGCCACCCCAACCCCUCCUUGGACUUGGGACCCCAUCACCCAGCUGGUGCCGACGCAAGCAGGCGCCGUGGGGAACAAAACCCAAAAUGCAUCGGCUGUUCCCAUCAGGUACUGGUCCCCUGGCAUCUUUGUGGUGGUCGCUCUGCUCGUGCUCUUCGUCACCUACUGGCGGACCAAGGGGGAAGGGAGCCGGGACCGAGCCGCCUCCGCCAGUGACUCUUCAGAUCUGGGAGCCCUGGACCACGUCCCUAACCACGACACCACCCCGAUAAUCCCCAUCGCUCAGGAGGAGAGGAAGGGGCUAGAGAAACCCCCAGACCUGGAGCACAUCGAAACCACCUUCUGUGAGCCUGACCCCCCACCGCCCCAGCUGCUGCCAUCCCAGCCCGAUACCCCCACAGCUGCCAGUGGUCCCUGCUGCUCUGAGGAGCCUGGUGCCGACUGAGGGCUCCUGGGUGACCCCAGCGGCUUCCAGACACCCCCAGGGAGCACGAGGCCACCCCUGAUGGGCAGCGUGGGGACCAAGCCAGGAUGAUGACCAGGGACCACGUGGCAGCUGGGGGGGGGGGGGGCACGAACAUCACGUGCCGCCUCAGCCCUUCCUACGGAUGCUCGAGCAUGUGCCCAAAUCCCGGUGGGAAUGGGGACCGACAUGGGACAGGGACCCGCGUGGGAUGUGGUGGCGCGUAUGCUGCUACUGCUUGUGCCCCACAUUGCAAGGAUAGGGGCUUGGGGUGCAUGGGCUGGGCAUGGCCGAGACAAUAAAGCAGGAUUUCACCCCAAAACUCCUGGGCUUUCUGUGCCAGGCCCCAUGCCCAGCCACACCCAUCACUUUUUCCCCCAUCUCUUGGAAGGGAGCGGAGGCGGCUGGCGGCCAGCCCACGUGGAGAAGGAGUUAUGCUGUUGCUUGCUUAUUCAUGGAAGGGGAAAAAAAAACCACCAAACACCCACACAGGAUUGAAAUAACCCCCGCCCCCCCCUCCACCCCCCGCCCCCGGGGCCAGCAGCUUGUCAGAUGACUGUGAGAACUCAUCACAGGUCAAAGAUGGGGUGAGGGCUGGAAGCAGGAGCCCCACUGCCUCUGCGGGAAUGUCCUCAGGGAAACAAGGAGCCUGGGGGGGGUGGGGGGUGGGUCUGACCCCCAGCAUGGCUUGGCAGGGGGGCUAGCAACCCCCCCUCCCCCUCCCUCCACGCAUGCACUACAGGGAUCCAGCUCCUGGGAACAGCGGUGGUUGCAGUGACCUGCCUCAGUUUCCCCUUGCUCUGCUCCUCACCCCCCCGGCAAAACACCCCCCCUGCAAAGUGCACGGAGCGAGGCGCAGCCGGGGGGCGGGGGGCAAAGCUGAGAUGGGGGCAGAAAAGGUGCAAAAGCCAAAGGAAACGCUGAUGCGGGUUCCCAGUGACUAACCGUUGCUGUUGUUUUGGUGGCUGGGGGGAGCAGGCUAUGGGGUGGGGGCUCUGGGCUGGCUGUGGGGUGCAGGCGGGUGCUGGGGGACACACGCAGGUGCCGGCACAUCCGCUGCCUUGAUUGUCACAGUGAGGCGACCGCAGGCAGCAGCCCCGGGGCAGGUGGAGGCUCUGCAACACCCCGGGGAGCUGAGCACGGGGGGGGACCCGUUCCCCCAGCAAAGGGGUUGGGACUCGUCCCCCCGCCGGCAAGGUCUGGGCAUCUCUCCAGUCUGCACUGAGGGGAGGUAGAGCAGCAGCCCCUGCUGCCCUCUGCUCAUCCCAACCCCUUGGCCCCAUAAAUCCCGACCCCUUGGUCCCCCAACCCCUUGGCCCCAAAACCCCCAAACUCUUGGUCCCCCAUCCCCUUGGCCCCCACUGGUUCCAACCCCUUGGCCCCAUAAACCCCCAACCCCAUGGACCCUUAAACCCCAAACCUGUGGUCCCCCAAACCCAUGGUCCCCCAAACCUUUGGCCCCCAUGGGUUCCAUCACCUUGGCCCCAUAAACUCCCAAUCCUUGGCCCCAAAAACCCAACCUCUUGGCCCCAAACACCCCAAACCCUUGGUCCCCUGAACCCUUGGCCCCCAUCAGUUCCAACCCCUUGGUCCCAUAAACUCCCAGCCCUUGGUCCUCCAACCCCUUGGCCCCAUAAACUCCCAACCCUUGGUCCCCUGAACCCCUGGCCCCCACGGGUUCCAUCCCCUUGGCCCCAUGAACCCCAACCCUUGGUCCCCCACAGAACACCAGCUUUUGGCCCCAUUAGACUCCAAGUCAUUUGUCCCAGAAAGCCCAAAGCCUUGGCCCCCACAAGCCCCCACACCUCACAGACCCCAACUCCUUGGCCCCUCAGACCCCAAAACCGUUGGACCCCCCAAACCCCAACUCCUUGGCCCUCUAAACCUCAAACCUUUGCCCCUUCAAACCCCAAAUCCUUGACCCCUCAAACCUCAAACCCUUCACCCCAGAGCCUCCAAGCCCUUUGUCCCGAAGACCCCAAAUCUUUGGCCCUCCAGACCCCAACUCUUUAACCCCUCAAACCCCAACCCCUUGGACCCCUAAACCCCAAACCUUUGCCCCCUCAAACCUCAAAUUCUUGGUCUCAACAACCUCCAAAUCCUUGACCCCCCCCCCAAAUCUUUGCCUCCUCAGACCUUAAAUCCUUGGUGCCCACAACCCCCAAAUCCUUGACACCCCCCCAAACCCUUCAUCCCAUAUCCUCCAAGCCCCUUGUCCUCAUAGACCCCAAACCCUUGGCCACAUAAUCCCCAACUCCUUGACCCCACAGACCUUAAACCCAUGGCCCCCACCACCCCCAAGCCCUUGUCCUACACUGAGCAUCCUCCGAGGGCAGGAUGAGUUUCUGUCCAAGUGCUCUCUUGAGGCCGCAUCCUGCCAGUGCAGCAUCUCCCCUGAGCUGCCCAGGGUACAGGCAGGACCAGAGCUGAGACCUAAACCUGUUGCCUCACCCCAAAGUAUCAGGUGCAGGAAGACAAAAGGGAAAAAAGAAAAAAAAAAAAAAGUCAAAAUGGGUUUAUUUUAUAUAUAAAAAAAUUUGUACAGUUUUAGUUCCUCUAUGAAAAAAAAAAAACAAAAACAAAAACCAAAAAACAACAACCAACGAAACUUCCUACCACUGCCGUAAUGCUUCAAUCCACUGCAAACUGUAAAAACAAGCUUUUUAUAUAUUAAAAAACAAUUUUACAUUUUACAAUUUUCUACACGCAUGCACAAGGUCUCGGCUCUGUGGGGAAAAAAAAAAAACCAACAAAAAAAACAA